CCUCACCAAACGCGCCCCCCCACUUCCCCUCUAAAAAAACCCUGUUCUGGAAACAACUCAGGAAAAUAAAUAAAUAAAUAAAUAAAACGACGAAGAAGAAGAAGAAGAUGUUCCGUGAUGUUUCAAGCUGCAACACCUACAACUAUGGCGAUGCCUUGUAUUGGGACUCCCGUUAUAUUCAAGAAGCUGGUGGUGCCUUUGACUGGUACCAACGUUACUCUUCUCUUCGCCCUUUUGUUCGUCGCUAUGUCCCUACUUCCUCUCGUGUUCUCAUGGUUGGCUGUGGAAAUGCCCUUAUGUCGGAGGAUAUGGUCAAGGAUGGAUAUGAAGACAUUAUGAACAUUGAUAUUUCCUCAGUGGCUAUUGAAAUGAUGAGAAGGAAAUAUGAGUUUGUUCCUCAGCUGAAAUACAUGCAAAUGGAUGUCAGGGAUAUGAGUUUUUUCCCAGAUGAAUCUUUUGACAGUGUUAUGGAUAAAGGAACUCUUGAUUCUUUGAUGUGUGGCACCGAUGCUCCAAUAAGUGCUUCUCGGAUGUUAGGCGAAGUGAGCAGACUUCUCAAACCUGGAGGGACCUAUAUGCUGAUAACUUAUGGUGAUCCUUCAGCAAGGAUGCCUCAUUUGAACCGGCCAACGUAUGGUUGGAAUAUAUUUUUGUACAACCUACCCAGACCGGAUUUUAAGAGGCCUGGAGGUUGUUCAUCGACAAAGUCGUACUUGGAGCCAAUUCCAAUCACGGAAAAGGGAUUACUUCCUGCGGACUUUGUUUUGGAAGACCCGGAUUCUCACUUCAUAUAUGUUUGCAAAAAGAUGGAUGACACAGAGCUAAGGAACAUAAUACCCACCUAUCCAUUAACAUCUGAGAUUUUAUAGUGAAAAGAGUAAAAUGAAUGAAGUGCAGAGGUAGCAUUUUAUACUGCUUUCAGAAGCUUCAACAUCACAUUUGGAUUCAUAAGCAUUUGUAUAAUUAUUGUUACCACUUAGGACAUUUUAGUAGGGAAAAAAACUAUUGUUUGUAACCCAAAAAAAGGAAUUCUGUAUUUUUUUUUUUUGUGGUUUGAAAUAUUAAUUCUGCUGUUGGACAAAAAUAAAAUGCAAAACAUUCAGCUUAUAA